AUGCCGAGACUGUGUCCCCUGGCGGCCUGGAAGGUCCUGUCCGGGACCCUGGCGCUGCAGCUGGCGCUGGACCUGCGGGGGCCCUGGGCUGGGGAGCCUGGCUUCCGGGAGGACUACUUCGAGCAGGUGCUGGACCACUUCAAUUUCGAGAGGUUUGGCAACAAGACCUUCCGCCAGCGGUUCCUGGUGUCAGAGAAGUUCUGGAAGAGGGGCGAGGGGCCCAUAUUCUUCUACACGGGGAAUGAGGGGGACGUGUGGUCCUUCGCCAACAACUCGGGCUUCAUCCUGGAGCUGGCGGCCCAGGAGGCGGCCCUGGUGGUCUUCGCGGAGCACCGAUACUACGGGAAAUCCCUACCGUUCGGUGCGUUGUCCACGCAGCGCGGAAACACAGAGCUACUGACCGUAGAGCAGGCCUUGGCCGACUUCGCGGUGCUGCUUCAGGCGCUGCGGGUCAGCCUCGGGGUCCAGGACGCCCCGACCAUCGCCUUCGGUGGCAGUUAUGGGGGUAUGCUGAGCGCUUACAUGCGGAUGAAGUACCCCCACCUUGUGGCGGGGGCCCUGGCAGCCAGUGCGCCCAUUGUAGCUGUCGCAGGCCUUGGGGACACCUACCAGUUCUUCCGAGAUGUCACCGCAGACUUUGAGGGCCAGAGUCCCAAGUGUGCUCAGGGCGUCCGGGAUGCAUUUCGGCAGAUCAAGGACUUAUUCCUUCAGAAAGACUACAACACUGUUAGUAAGGUGUUCGGGACAUGCCAGAUGCUCUCGGGCCAGGACCUGACCCAGCUGUUCGGGUUUGCACGGAAUGCCUUCACUGUGCUGGCCAUGAUGGACUACCCGUACCCCACCGACUUCUUGGGUCCCCUUCCAGCCAACCCUGUCAAAGCUGGCUGUGACCGACUGCUACGUGAGAACCAGGGCAUGGAGGGGCUCCGCGCACUGGUGGGGCUGGUGUACAAUGCCUCCGGGACCAAGCCCUGUUACAACAUCUAUCAGCAAUACCAGAGCUGCGCCGACCCCACCGGCUGUGGCUCUGGCCCCGACUCAGAGGCCUGGGACUAUCAGGCCUGCACGGAGAUCAACCUGACCUUUGCCAGCAACAACGUGACUGACAUGUUCCCGGAGCUGGCCUUCACGGAGGCGAUGCGCCAGCAGUACUGCUUGGACACGUGGGGCGUGUGGCCCCGGCGGGACUGGCUGCGGACCAGCUUCUGGGGAGCAGAUCUCAAAGCUGCUAGCAACAUCAUCUUCUCCAACGGCAACUUGGACCCCUGGGCAGGGGGUGGGAUACGCAGCAACCGGAGUGCAUCGGUCAUCGCAGUCACCAUCGAGGGAGGAGCCCACCACCUGGACCUCAGGGGAUCAAACCCGGCAGACCCUUCCUCAGUCGUGGAGGCUCGCAAGCUCGAGGCUACCCUCAUCCAUGAGUGGGUGAAGGCAGCCAGGUGGGAGCAGCGCCCUGGCCCCUAA